ACCCAGAUCUCUUCGUCAGGCUGGUAUCUUUUUCUUGCUCAUCUCCCCAGUACAAUGCAGCUGCGGCGCGCCCUCCUAACCCUGGCGGUGGUGGUGGUGAUGGUGAUGUUAAUGGCGGCCAGGGUCACUGCGGAGGCGGAGGCUGCAGCGGAGGCUGAGGCGUGCUGUGGCGGUCACCAUGGCGGCCACCACGGAGGUCACCACGGAGGUCACCACGGAGGGCACCACGGAGGGCACCACGGAGGGCACCACGGAGGGCACCACGGGGGUCACCAUGGGGGUCAUCAUGGCGGCUACGGAGGUCAUCACGGUCAUCAUGGGGGUUACUAUGGUUGAGGGAUUUGGAAGAUAUUUUCCCUGUGACACCCAUUACCUGAAGGAGGGAUAAAGUAUUCUCUCUCUCUCUCUCUCUCUCUCUCUCUCUCUCUCUCUCUCUCUCUCUCUCUCUCUAUCUCUCUAUCUAUCUAUCUCUCUACGGUUGGGUUGAAACAAUGAAACGAAUAAAAUAAUGAAAA